AUGCUCGACGACAUCAAGGACACGAAGGCCAUGGAGUCCAAAGUCGAACGGUACGAGGUUGCUUCAGAUGGCGAGACAGGCUUUGUGAAGCCUGUGCAGGAGUCUGCGGCGAUGGGAACGGUGACCAUCACGGACCUCAACGAGAUCUUCUUGAUCCCUGCUCCCAGCGCUGACCCUCGAGGUUCUCUGGGUCUUGCGCUAGUUUCAGGCUUCGGUGGUCUCCUUACGUGGUACAUUCCGAUCUACGCCACAAAAGGCGCCACAUAUGCCGACAUCACUGCGCUGAUGACGUACCCUUCGAUGUUGAUGGGCGUCGGUAACCUGGUCUGCAUGCCUCUUGCUCUCGCGAUCGGAAGGCGACCUGUCUACCUCCUAUCGCUGCUGAUCCUAAUUGCCUCCGCGGUCUGGGCAGCAUAUGCAAAAGACUAUAAUGCACACCUUAGUGCCAGAAUGCUUCUGGGUUUUGCUGCCGGUCAGAGCGAGGCGCUGGUGCCCAUGAUGAUCCAGGAAAUUCAUUUCGUUCACGAGCGCAGCACUUUCCUCAUGUGGCAGUCUGCUACCCAGACGGUUUUGGCAGCUGUGUACGUGAUCUGCGCAUCUCCUAUUGCUGGAGCGAUCGGUCCGUCCAACUGGUACAUUCUUGGUGCUGGACUUUGUGCAGCCACGUUCGUCGCAUCUAUCUUCUGGGUCCCUGAGAGCAGGUACGACCGUUCCCUGACUGCGUAUGGUCAAUUCUCGGCCGAAGAGGGUGGCGAGCUAGAUGGAUCGAGAGCGACCGCACCACAGCCUGUUAAGUUGUCUGAGAGGCCCGCACUGGACACGACCAGGUUCCUUCCCCGCACCGUAUGGUCAGACAUGCGCAUCUUUGUUGGCAAACCGGACUGGAUGGAAGGCGUCUAUGGCUUCAUCAACACGUUCCAGGUCAUGCUAUUUCCCAACGUGCUCUGGGCUUUCUGUCUCAACGGUCUGACCAUUGGUGUCAACAUCGCUAUUGGAACGACCUACGGAAACAUUGUACACGCACCUCCGUACAACUGGUCUGAUAGCUCUGUUUCGUAUGUCAAUGCCGGACAGAUUGUGGUCGCCUUUGUGGCGCUCCCACUCCUCGGUAACGGUAGCGACGCCCUAAUCAAGUGGCAAGCCAGGCGUAACGGUGGUAUUCACGAGCCUGAGAACCGCCUGCUGCUGCUCUGGAUCCCUCUGCUAUGUGGAUGUCUUGCCGCUACGCUGUACGGUCUGGCCGCGCAAAGUCCAGGCAAGUACCACUGGUUCAUCUUCGUGUUCGCCAACGCAGCGUAUUAUUUCACAUUUGUUGGUGCCAACAUCGCUGCGAUCACGUACCUACUCGAUUCAUAUCCAGCACGCGCAGGACCCAUUCUUGUCGUCAUCACAGCUCUUCGAGGAUUCGUCUCUUUCGGAACCAGCUACGGUGUCGCCAAAUUUGUCGAGACUGAUGGGUACGAUGGAACCUUCGGAACAUAUGCUGGUUUGACUGCAUUGUUCGGCUUGUUGGGCAUACCUGUCUUCUUGUAUGGCAAGAAGAUAAGAGCCUACACCGGCAAAUGGGCCAUGAAGAAGGCAUCGGGCCACCCAUCGAUGUCGCACUGA